ACCAAGGGUUGAGCAUCAGUACCUACAAUUACACAUACUUUAUCAACUCUAAAGUGUGUGUGUGUGUGUGUGUGAGAGAGAGAGAGAGAGAGAGAGAGAAUGGCUAUGGCAACGAAGUUAGUUUCUGCUUUUGCCAUCUUUUCCAUCCUCGUUCUGGUUAUCUCUGCUGGGACAGAAGCGCAUGAUGAUGACGACUGCCUGAAAGAAUACGGUGGUAAUGUUGGUUUCCCCUUUUGUGCGCCUCGGAUAUUUCCAACCAUAUGUUAUAGAAGGUGCAUAUCGGACAAGGGUGCUAAAGGUGGGAGAUGCGUCUGGGGAGAUGACAGUGUUAAAUGUUUAUGCGACUUCUGCAGCUCAAAACCUUCUGAUCAGUUUAUAAGACAAGUUUGAAUCUUGCAAAUGUCAUAUGGAUGGGUUGGGUGUGAAUCCAACUGAAGUAAUGUACCGAUGAAAAAAAAUAAAAUAAAGAAACCUAGGACUUGCCUGGGUUGUUUUAUUAGUAUAAAUUGUUAUUAAAGGAUC